GUCGUGCUCUUGUACUUCCUGCGCAGACCGGAAAUAAACCGGAUGAGCGGCUCUGGAGGUGACCGACAGUGUGUGUUUUCUUUAUAAAUAAGAGUUUAUAGUUUGAGGUUUGUUUAGACGCGAGGUGUCUUUUGGUUUCUCGGCGAAAUGGGCUCGCAUCUGGUGCGGAGCUACAUCACGGAGCGGGACACGAGCCCGGACCCGAAAGGCCCGCUGCAGCACGAGCCGCAGUUCGGCUUCACCGAGGAGAGGAAGGAGAGAGAGUCCGUGGCCACACAGGAGCAGAUGAACAUGGCCAUGCUCCCCCUGGAGCAGCGUGAUUACUGCGCUCACUACCUGAUGAAACUCAUGAAGUGUAAGAGAGACAACUUCCCCAACUUCCUGGCCUGUAAGCACGAGAGACACGACUGGGAUUACUGCGAGCACCAGGAUUACGUAAUGCGGAUGAAGGAGUACGAGCGCGAGAGACGGCUGAACCUGAGGAAGAAGAGGAUGGAAGCGCAGGCGGCGUAGUCGUCCCUCUCCGUCUGUCCCACUGUUCUUUUGUCUCUCUUUCUCUCUGUGUAAAUACCAAACUGCUCUCGACAAUAAAGAGAACCUUUAUCCUGCU